AUGUUCAAGCAGAAACGUUCAGACCCUUUUGCACAGUACUGGGCCGGGGAUCAGGCCAAGGAUGUAGAGGAGCAGCAGAAGAAGAAGAAGGAGGAAGAAGAUGUGGGUGAGAGGGAUUAUGUAUCUCCCUUUAGAGAUGAGCAGGAGGUUUUAAGUGCGCAAAGGAGGAGGACUCAGAGAUUUCCUACGACAAGUGCUGCGUCGGCUUAUGUGAAUGCUAGGCCUGAAGAGUUGGGUUAUAAGAAGAUUGGUGCUGGAGAAAAGAGGGCAAAGGAUAUUUCGUUCCCUGUUUAUUUGGAGGAAAUUGAGAAGAAGCAGUUGGAGUUGCUUAGAGAGUUGGAGGUGAAAGAGGCGCACUUGAGGUAUUUGAAGGAUUGUCAGGUUGUUACUGAGGUGAAGGAAAAGGAGAAGGAGAAGGAGAAGGAGCAGCCAAAGGUGGAGGAUGAGGCAGACGAGUAUGAAGCAGAGGAAGAGGCAGAUGAAGAGGCAGAUGCCAAUGUUGGUGAAUCGAAAGCUGCUGCUUCUGAAACUGAACCUGCCGCUGAUUUUAAACCUAUUGUUCCUGAUGUAUCGGAACCUGUUGUACCAGCUGUCUCGGAACCCGCUGAGCACGAGCCAGAGGUCUCCGAACCUGUUCUAGCUGCUGAUUCCGAACCUGUCGUAGCUGCUGUCUCGGAACCUGUUGUUCCUGCUGUCUCGGAACCUGCUGGGCGUGAGCCAGAGGCCUCGGAACCGGUCGUGUCUAAAACCUCGCUAGAAGUCACCACCGAAGUGGAACCUGCUGAAGUCUCUAAACCAACAGCAAAGCCAGCAGAUGAGCCGGAAACAGAAGAAGUAGAGGGCGAGAAACUCAUCGAAGAUGGCGUAGAGACCCCUGAGUCCCCCGAAAAAACAGAAAAGACUGAAAAGACUGAAAAGCCUUUGCCAGACCCUCGGUCCGUGCCAAUGGUUGCCCUUCCGGCUGCUCCUAGGGCGUUCCUUGACAAAAUCUUUAAAUCUCCUCCUGCACCUGUGCCCAACCCUCCUGCUACACCCGAGAACCCUGAACAUGUUGUCAAGACUAAGGAUGGUUACCUGACAAAAGUAAUUUACGACAAGAUCACCUUGCAAGAUCGUCAACAUAACGAAUGGAUUGCUAAGUACAAGAAAGAUGAGCAGCAGAAAUUCGAUGACAAACGUGCGGAAUCUAAUCGUAAGAUCAAUUCGCUAAGAGCGCAAAUCAAGGAAAUCAAGAACGAAAUGGCACAACUAAGAAGCGAUACAGACGCAAAGAUUGAAGUCAGUGAAAAUGAACUCACUCGAAAGUUUUUCGAAAUGACUCAAGUACACAUUCAAAAGAAGAAUCAAGUCUUUAAGGAUACAGAGGUGAUCAAAUCGCAAAAACUGUCGGAAAAGGAUUCCGUAUUGGACAAACAAGGUGAAGUGCAAAAAGAGAUCGAUGAAUUGAAUAUUGAGAAGGAAAAGGUUGAAGAAGAGUGUCAGAAAUGGACCAAAGACAUUGAAGAGUUGUCUGCACGUAUCGAUGCGAAAGUCGCUGAUCUAGAAGAAGUCAAUGUAAAGCAAAAGAAUACUCAGGAAGAAAUUAACAAGUUGCAACAGCAAAAAGUUGACAUCCUUGAUCAAAUUGAAAAGAAUAAUUUGACACAUGCAGAAAACGAAAAGGUUAUUGAGGGCGCUAAGAACAAGACUUACUUGCCAAAACUGAAUGAAGUUGAUAAUCAGAUUUCUGUCUUACUCGGUCAAUUAACUACUAUCAGGCAACAUUGUGCAAACGAAAGAACUGAACUCUCGGCCAUUACAAAGAAACUCGACAAGGAACGUCUGGAACAUGAGGAAAAAUUGAAAUUGGAAGCUGAGAAUCGUAGACGCAAGGAAGAAGAUCUUCUUGGUAAACAACGUAAAGAGCUUGAAGCCAAGGCCCAGGAAGCAAGGGAAAAACAUGAGCAAGAAAUGCAAAAAUUGAAGACAGAUUACACACAACUAGAGGGCAAGUUCAAACGUGAACAACAACAAAAGAAGGACGCUUUAGCAUUCGCCCACGAACCUACAAAAGAUGAUUCACUUUACGAAUACGGUACAGAAGAAGAGAUCUUGACCGUUUAA